CCAUGGACACUCCUCAAGACAGCUGCCAAAGUUUCCAAAAGCCUCUGAGUCUGGGAGCUGAGAUGGACCCGGAGCAACAGCAUGGUGGGAAUGCAGUGGUCUCAGUGGCUGGAGAGGAAGGAGACCAAUCACAGAGUUUAGUGGGCGGGCUUGUUCAGGGUGGGCUUGAUCAAGGCGAACCUGCGCAGGGCCAGUCGGCUGGAGGCAACCUUCCUCAAGAAGAGCCUGCUGAGCUCAGUCUCGCCCAGGAAGCCACAGGAGUAGGAGAGGAGGGAGAGAAGAAGGAAGAAGAAAUGGAAGCAAGAUAUGCUGGUGAUGGUGCUUACGGCCCCGAGGACAACAACGUCCAGCAAGAAGGUGACCAACACCCCAAUGAUCAAGAGCAGCCUCAGCAAGAGGCAGCCAUUCCUGAGGGCAACAGGGGCCAACAGGCUGGGAACAACCUGGCUCACCCGCGGUACAGUCGCACCAGGUUCACCCCGUCUCAGCUGCAGGAUCUGGAGCGCCUGUUCCAAGAGACUCGCUACCCCAGCUUGCGAACAAGGAAGGAUAUCGCACGAUGGAUGGGAGUGGAGGAAUGUGACGUGCAGGAUUGGUUCCGGAUGAGAAGAUCUCUUUUCCGCAGAAACAGCAGACUGCUGAUGUUCUGUGAGCUUCCACCAAUUCCUGAGAACAACCAUUCUUGAAGAUUUUGGAGCAGCACUUGAGUGCCACCCCUGUCCCAGAGCCACAUGAGGAAGGCUUCUUCUGAGCCACCCAUGAUGGCCAUGACGACCUUUACUUCCCUUCAAUUAUUUGAGCAAUAAAGACGUGGAUUCUAAAUA